AAUCCAUCGUCUUGAUACUCCACGCCCACAACCCGCUCACCCACGCCGCUCCGUCCACACUCCCGUCUUUUUCGACUCCCACUUCCAAAAACAACCCCCAACCAAAACCUCAUUCAAAAUGACUGGCGGCAAGUCCGGAGGCAAGGCCAGCGGCUCCAAGUCCAGCGCCCAAUCUCGUUCAUCCAAGGCCGGUCUCGCUUUCCCCGUCGGUCGUGUCCACCGUCUCCUCCGCAAGGGCAACUACGCCCAGCGUGUCGGUGCUGGUGCUCCCGUCUACCUCGCUGCCGUCCUUGAGUACCUCGCUGCCGAGAUUCUCGAGUUGGCCGGUAACGCUGCCCGCGACAACAAGAAGACCCGUAUCAUCCCCCGCCAUCUCCAGCUCGCCAUCAGGAACGAUGAGGAGCUGAACAAGCUUCUCGGACACGUUACCAUCGCCCAGGGUGGUGUCCUCCCCAACAUUCACCAAAACCUUCUGCCCAAGAAGACAGCCAAGCCUGGCAAGGGUCCUUCGCAGGAGCUCUAAGCGCAUUUUGCUUUUGAGUUUCUUCUUCACGGCGUGGUUACUUCAUGGGUCUUUUUCGUCUGCAAUGAUAAUGGGAGUCGGUCUGGGUUUUGGGUUCUCGGCUUUUCACGGGAUUUAUACCAGAGCUGUAUAUUAGCUGGUCGCUUUGAUGACCACAGGCUCAUGAGCUGAAUCGAGCAUAUUACUUCACUGCAC